AUGUAGAGAAAGGAAAGCAAAAAGGCCACAAUCCCAAAAAUGAUGGCUAGAGUUCUUUAAUAUUAGGAUGCAUCUGAUAAACUUACUCAAUUUCUCUUUAUUAAAUAAGGCUAAGAUAGAAUAAGAAGAAUUAUUCUUGCAUUUUUGAUUGCAGAUUUUACAAACCUUAUUCUGGUUUCAGGAUAAUGGUAUGUAGGAUUUCAUCAAACAUUGAAAGAAUGGCUUGAAGAUUUAGAUAAUAGAUUUAUAAAAGCACAUUUGCAUAUACUUUCAUUUAAGAAUAGUGAUUUUUUAUAAACAAGCUUUUGUGUUGAUAAUACUAAAACAAAGAAAUUAUUUAGAUGGGAUAGAACAAUAAUUUCAGAAGUAUUAAACGGAUUUAAUGGAAAAUGUAUUACUAUUGCUUUCAAAUAUAAUCGCAAAUACAGAAGUUAAUAUAAAUUUGAUGUUUUACCAUCAAAUUCAAAAAGAGUUAUAUGGAUUGCAAGAGAAUAAACAAAACAUAAUUUUGAAAGUGUUACUCAAGUUAUGAACAUUCAACCAAUUAUAAGUGGAGAUUGUGUUAAGAUAGCAAUCAAUUUUUAUAAUAAAAUGACAUUUAUUGAUCCAGAUACAAUAGAAUUUGAAGAACCAUAGAUUGAAUAAUCUAAAGAAUGCAUUUGUCCAAUUUAAAGUUUGUUCUUUGAUUGGGUGAGUAUAUAAUAUGCAAAAUAGAGACCAUAAUUGAAUGAUUAUCAAGUUCAUCCACAUUUAAAUUUAAUAGAUUGUAGAUGUGCUGGAGUUGAUACAGUGGCAUAUUAAUUUGUUUAUGAAGCAUGUGAAUUAGGUAUGCUAUAGCACAAUGAACAUCUUAGGAUCAUUUAGAAAUGACCUUAUAGGAAUUCCUAUUGAAGUUGUAUAAUAAGGAUAAGAAGUAGUAACAGAAUUGAACAAAGUAGGUCUUGUAAGUGAUAGAGAAUGUAAACUCCAAUUAAGAAAACAAGAUUAACUAAUAUUCUAUUUAACAAGUGGAGAUUGA